AACAGCACCUUCUAUAUGCAGACCUUUGGAUAUAACACAAUUGAUGUUGUGCCCAAUUAUGAAAAUUAUGCCAACACCAAGAUCUCUAGUGAAAUCAAGAAGCCGAGACCAACGCUUGCUGAUCUCCACUCCUUCCUUAAGCAAGAAAAUAGCCACCUGCACCCCCCAAGAUAUGAACCCCACAGAAACAAUAGCUUCUCAGAAGAAACGGCAGAAGAAGAGGCUGCUGAGGGGAGAAAGAAGCCCCAAGGGGAGCCCGUCCGAUUUGGGUGGGUUAAGGGAGUGAUGAUCCGUUGUAUGCUUAACAUCUGGGGUGUGAUUCUGUACCUCCGGCUACCUUGGAUCACUGGCCAAGCAGGGAUAGCGCUGACAUGGGUGAUCAUUCUAAUGUCUGUGACCGUGACCACCAUCACAGGAUUGUCCAUUUCUGCCAUCUCUACCAACGGCAAAGUCAAAUCAGGUGGGACUUAUUUUCUCAUUUCAAGAAGUCUUGGGCCAGAGCUGGGCGGCUCCAUUGGUCUCAUCUUUGCUUUUGCCAAUGCGGUGGCUGUGGCUAUGCAUACCGUGGGCUUUGCAGAAACAGUGCGGGACCUGCUGCAGGAAUAUAACUCAAGCUUGGUGGACCCUACCAAUGACAUCCGCAUCAUUGGGGUUGUUACUGUGACGGUGCUGCUUGGAGUUUCCUUGGCUGGGAUGGAGUGGGAAGCCAAGGCUCAAGUUCUCUUUUUCGUUGUGAUCAUGAUUUCCUUUAUCAACUACAUUGUGGGGACGAUUAUUCCAGCCACUGAGGAGAAGCAGGCCAAAGGAUUUUUCAGCUACCGAGCCAACAUUUUUGCUCAGAACUUUGUUCCUGACUGGCGGGGGCCUGAUGGCAGCUUCUUCAGUUUGUUUUCCAUCUUUUUCCCAUCAGCCACUGGCAUCUUGGCAGGAGCCAACAUUUCAGGUGAUUUGAAGGAUCCUGCAGUAGCAAUUCCUAAAGGAACCCUCAUGGCUAUUUUUUGGACAACUGUGUCAUAUCUGGUUCUUUCAGCUACAAUUGGCUCGUGCGUUAUCCGUGAUGCCUCUGGAAGCAUUAAUGACACAGUUCUCGCUCGUCCUAUGACCUGUGAAGGCAUUGCUUGUGGCUAUGGCUGGAACUUCACAGAGUGUGCUCAGAGCCACAGCUGUCACUAUGGGCUCCUCAAUUAUUACCAGACCAUGAGCAUGGUUUCUGGCUUUGCCCCUCUCAUCACAGCUGGAAUUUUUGGGGCCACCCUCUCUUCUGCUUUGGCCUGCCUCGUCUCAGCCCCCAAAGUCUUCCAGUGUCUUUGUAAGGAUCAACUCUACCCUGCCAUCAGUUUUUUCGGAAAGGGCUAUGGAAAAAACAAUGAACCGAUCAGGGGUUACAUGCUGACAUACCUCAUUGCGGUCGGCUUCAUUCUUAUUGCGGAACUGAAUGCCAUCGCUCCCAUCAUCUCCAACUUUUUUCUGUGCUCCUAUGCUCUCAUCAAUUUCAGCUGCUUCCAUGCCUCCAUUACCAACUCACCAGGCUGGAGGCCCUCCUUUAGGUAUUACAGCAAGUGGGCAGCUCUAUUUGGUGCCAUCAUUUCUGUUGUUAUCAUGUUCCUGCUGACUUGGUGGGCUGCUCUCAUUGCUAUUGGAAUUGUGGUUUUCUUGCUUGGAUACGUUCUUUACAAGAAGCCUGGGGUAAACUGGGGCUCAUCUGUGCAAGCUGGUUCCUACAACAUGGCCCUGAAUUAUUCUGUGGGUCUCAAUGAGGUGGAUGAGCAUAUUAAAAAUUACAGGCCUCAAUGCCUUGUCCUAACUGGUCCUCCUAACUUCCGCCCAGCACUGGUGGAUUUUGUGGGCACUUUUACAAAAAAAUUGAGUCUGAUGAUCUGCGGGAAUGUGUUGAUUGGGCCCUGCAAACAGGUGAAGACUGAAUUGGGACUUGCUUCCAAAGGCCACACCAAGUGGCUAAUCAAGAGAAAGAUCAAAGCUUUUUAUACAGACAUCUUAGCAGAGGACUUGAGAACUGGAGCGCAAGUCCUUAUGCAGGCCUCAGGUCUUGGGAGAAUGAAACCCAAUGUGCUUGUGAUUGGAUACAAGAAGAAUUGGCAGGCAGCUCAUCCCCAGACAGUGGAAGAAUAUAUCGGAAUUCUGCAUGAUGCUUUUGACUUCAAAUAUGGAGUGUGCAUGAUGCGUGUGAAGGAGGGACUCAAUAUUUCCCGGAUAAUUCAAGCUCACAUUAAUCCAGUUUUUGAUCCAGCAGAUGUUCCUCAGAAGAACAGUGAAGUACCUGCUGUAAUAGGCACAUUGGAUCCUGAUGCCUUGGUAGCAGAACAGCAGGCGAGCACCAUUUUCCAGGUGGAUCAAGGCAAGAAAACUAUUGAUAUCUACUGGCUGUUUGAUGACGGAGGUCUGACUCUUCUCAUCCCAUAUCUCCUUGGCCGCAAAAAGAGAUGGGGGAAAUGCAAGAUCCGAGUGUUUGUCGGUGGGCAGAUCAACCGAAUGGAUGAAGAGCGGAAGGCCUGGCCAGUUGAGGUGGGGCUAACAUCUUUGGGGCAAUUCCUGAAAAGGCCAUGCUCCCUCGUGAAUGGCAUUCAGAGGGUCUACCUUAGGGCUAUUAGACCUGGCCUCAAAGAUCCAGAUGAGAUAAGAUACAGAAAACUUAUCACAGAGAAGAAGGCAAGGCCUGGGCAGGUUUUGGUGUUUCUGGAUGGCCAAAAGUUAGUUCUUAAAAUCCCCCUGGUUCCUUUCUCUAAGCUGGUGUUCCCUGUUGGGCUAAGGCCAGGGCACAGAAGAGUUUGGUGGCUCAUGGAAACUCAUGGUGGUUUUGUUCCCAGUGUGAAGAGAUUUGAUGACUUAAUUGCUCCGUUCAGACUGAAUGAUGGUUUCAAAGACGAUGCUGUGGUGAACGAGAUGCGACAUGGCUGCCCCUGGAAAAUUUCUGAUGAAGAGGUUGCAAAAAACAAAGCUAAGUCGCUUCGACAAGUGAGAAUGAAUGAAAUUUUGCUGGAUUACUCUCGCGAUGCUGCCCUUAUUUUCAUAACCAUGCCAGUUGGCCGAAAGGGGAGAUGUCCCAGCAGCCUGUACAUGGCUUGGCUGGAAACCCUCUCGCAAGAUCUGAGAUCUCCCGUGAUCCUGAUCAGAGGCAACCAGGAAAACGUCUUGACUUUCUACUGUCAGUAGCUCUCCUUGGGCCGGUGAGCACUGGAGCUAGAAGAGAAUCCCAGCCUGAUCCUGCUUUGCUGCUAAGCUGUCAAGAGGCUGCAUUUCAGUGCUGGCCAACAAUAAAAGACUGAAGGCAGAAAACAGAUUUGUUGGGCUGUAAGAAUCCUUCUCUCCAGACCUGUCCGUGUUAGAGCAUAUUGUCUGGGUUUGCUCCUUGUGCUGAAUCAUGGUUUGUUUAAUCAUGGCUGGAAAAAUAAGCCACAAGUGGUGGGGUGCACACAACAUGCUAUGUCAUCAACUCCGAAUGGACUCCCAAAACAAGCCAGGACAAUGACUAUGUCUGAAUGGAUUUCAUUUGCAUUUACAUUUAAUUAAAAUUAAAUAUGAUUACAUACAGUAGCUGAAAAGUGAAUAAUU